UACAGUACACUGGGCGUACACCCGCGGCUCUCACAUUCCUCCAUCGUCUACACAGGCUGCUCCCGCCUGCAGUACAUGGUCCUGUCCGGACGCCCCCCUCCCGGCAUGGUACGGUCCGCACUAUAGCUACAGGCACAGUGAGGGACAGAGCGGGCGGAGGCACGGACUGAUCCAAUCAUGCGGCGGUGCGGGGGGACCGGACCUGUCAAGCCUGCGGACGCUGAGGUGCAAGCUAUAUGUGAGCAGAUGAGAGCACCGGUGGAGCUGAAGGUGGGGAAGGCCUUCAGCAUAUUCCAAGCAAUUCAGUACAAGACGCAGUGUGUCGCUGGGACAAAUUACUUUGUGAAGGUCCAGGUCGGGCACGAUGAGUACAUCCAUAUGCGCAUCUACCAGCCGCUCCCUUGUAUGAAUGCAGACCUGAGCCUCACAGCCUUCCAGGUGGGCAAAUCCAGAGAAGAGGAGAUCAAUCACUUUGAGCCCAGCGACUGAACCAUCCGCCCCACUGCGUCGCCUUACUAACUGUUAUAAUAAAAUAGAUUUUGCAGAUUA